GCCUUCCAAGCCGGUACAUCUCGGUAUCUGGACUGUCCUUACAGAGUAUUCCAAGAUGGAACAAGUCUACCUCGAAGACCCUAGCGUCUUGCAGGACCAUCACCACCAUCAACACGCUCACAAUCACCACCACCACCAACAACAACACCAGCACCACGAACUCGUCGAUCCUACUCUAGGCGGCGUCCACCUAGACCCCGAGACUGGGGCUCAUAAUGCUUAUACUAUCGAACAUGAACACGAUCCCUUGGGUGUAGUAGACGAUCAGGAUCAUACGGGAGGCGUUCCCGAUCUGGGUCUACACGCGGUCGAGCAUUCGGGAGGGCACGAGCAAGGGCUCCAGGACCACCUGCAGCAACACCACCAGCAACAGCAGGAACAAGACCAUCAACAACAACAUCUUCAGCAUGACCAGGACGCUUAUGAACAACAGCACCAUCAUCAGAUGCAUGAACAACAUCAUGUGCAUCAGUCGCUCCAUAAUCACCAGCAGCACAAUCAGCAUUUGGAGAUGGACCCGAACCAGACCGGUCACUCUCACGCCCACGCGACUUCGAGCUACCACGACCAUUUGGCAGGUUUACACGAGAUCGGGGUCGAGCUCGGACAUGCGGAGAGUUCGAAUCUCAACAUGAACGGGGAUGGGGGCAUGACGAUGGGGAUGGGGAUGGAGGGUCAAGGCGAAGUUGAGGGAGAGGGGGAGAAGCCGAGGGUCUCGCAUAAUCGGAAUCCGGGUGGGAAGAAUCAGUAUGGGAAUCCAGUGGAUACCGACAAAUUGAGGGAUAUUCUGAGGCAAUACUUCAAUGUCGAAUGUAUCACCGAGUGGAAGACGAUCAUGUCGCGGUUAGAUGCCGAGCACGGGAUCAGGAUCAAACGAGCCACCUUGGGAAGAUAUCUCCGUCAAUUCAACAUCGGCGGUUCACGCCGGCACAACUAUUCCAAAGAUUCGGCCAUGCCGCUCGUGGUCAACCAUAUCCGGGAGAAUGACCCGGAGUGUAAAGAUUCGCCCACAAAGGUGAUGAAGGAUCUGGGUAGGAAGGGGAUACAUGUGAAACGGUAAGUUUUUGGUGUUUUCGGGGUUUAGCAUGCUCAAGGGAGACAGACGACUCAUUGUCAGG